AUGCGUGUGAUCAAGCCUCUGUAUGGGAUCGCCGAGGUAGGAACCCACUGGUGGGCGACGUACCACUCCCACCACAUAAAGAAGCUCCAGAUGGUUACUUCUUCGUACGGCCCCUGCCUGCUGAUCUCGUCUUCGGAGAACGCUGAAUUCGCCAUGGUGGGCAUGCAAACGGAUGACACGAUCGGUUUGACGACCCUCGCUUUCUCCCAACGCGAGGACGAGAAGCUGGCAGAAGCCGCCUUCAAGGCCAAGCCCAAGGAGGCCCUAGAGGAAGGGAAGCCGCUCAUUUUCAACGGCGGCAUUGUCUCCCUGGAAGGAGAAAUCCUGACCCUCCGGCAAAAGGGUCAGGGUAAGCGCCUAGAGGUUGCUGCCACGAAGCAACACCCGAACGAAGCCUGCUUCGACUUGUCAAGCGCUGCCCAGCACCAGGACCCCACCGAGGGAGAUACGAAGGCGCUCAACAAGCGCAUAAGGUGGCAAAUGGAGAACCAGGAACGAGGCCUACACUUCCUUCCUUUGGACCUCUCCGCGGCCCGUAUCUUCGUCUUUGUGGACGGCUCCUUCGCCAACAACCGAGACCUCACCUCGCAGCUCGGCUUUGCCAUUAUCCUCGCCAAUGAGGAGAUGCGAAGCGAUGAGGGCACCUUCAAGAUCCGAAGUAACCUGAUCCACUUCAGUAGCACCAAGAGCAAGCGGGUUACUCGCAGUGUACUCGCCUCGGAAGUCUACGGCAUGGUGGCCGGCGUGGACAUGGCUUACGCUAUUUCCUCCACCUUGAAGAUGGUCACUGACCAUCUCAACCUACCGCUUAUUCCCACUGUUGUCUGUACAGACUCAUACUCCCUUUACGAGUGCCUUGUGAAGUUGGGUACUACGAAACAGAAAAGGCUGAUGAUAGACAUCAUGGCCUUACGCCAAUCAUACGAGCGCCGGGAGUUACAGGAGGUUCGCUGGAUCCACGGAGACGAUAACCUGGCAGACGCCUUCACCAAGGGCGACCCAGCCCUCUACACGCACGGUUGCCUGGUUCGUGUCAACAAAACCUUCCAGAGCCUUGUUCGGGUUGCCCUUGGAGAAGGCGUCUGCCAGGUUAUCGUCUCCGUGGAUCCAGCGAACCUCCUGUAA